UGCACCUCUCUCUCUCGUUCGUCCACGGCCGAUUCGUCGUCGUCUUCUCCGCGGUGGCUUCACGCGACAUGGACGGCUCCAGCCCAUAUUACGACGCGGCCGCCGGUGAACAGACACGCCCUGCCCCGGCCCGCUUAGUCUCAAUCUCUCAGCCAGGCAGCUUCAUCACAGAGUUUCGGCUACUGGAGCGAGACACUUACUUUCAUGGUUUCAUGCGCGGAGGUAACGGCGAUGGACACGAUGACGGGUCGUCUGGGUACAGAUACGGCAGCUUCGGCGCGGUCCCGGCGUCCGAGGAGGCCAUCGCCGGGCUGGAGGAGGCGGCCGUCGAGGAGACGAGGGAGGCGGAGUGCGCUGUAUGCAAGGAGAGCUUCGAGGUAGGCGACAAGAUCAGGAAGAUGCCGUGCUCGCGUGGAUACCACGAGAGCUGCAUCUUCAGGUGGCUCCGGAUCAGCCGCGCCUGCCCGCUCUGCCGCUUCCCGGUGUCCGCCGCCGACGACCGGACCGAGUAGUAUGAGGACGAUUAGAGAGUUCUAUGUUACUAAUUCGGUGGAAACGUAGAUUAAUGCCUCCUUAGUCUCAGAAUUAUCACAAGCGAUUAUACAUGGAUUGUACUAGUGUAGACUGAUGUGGACUCCCUCAAGUUCAAAGUUCAAAGUUCAAACAAUGAAAAAGAUUGCAUGAAAUCUGAGAAUCUCGUCUCGCCUUUGGUUAGACAUGAAGAAGGUUAAAAGAUCCCUGCACUAUAAAUUUUCCCCACCAUCUCUCUCUGCCACACAGGUAAAGUAUCAGACAUUCAAGCACACACUUAAGGACAUGUGAACGAAGACUUCUCGUAUGUCAUUGACAAAGUCAAGCCUCCGGUAGGGGAGCAGAGAUAGCGGCGCGUCGACGACUCUUUCUGGCUACAAUAUUGGUCGUACGAUGGUCUCGGAAUCUCAAUGUAAUUUUUAUUAUGUUUUA